CUGACACUGGCUUAUAAAGGAGAUAACUUACUCCGGUAUUUUCUAAUAGGCUAUAUGCAGUUCGCAUAAUAAAUAGGUACUUCCUGUUAACGGGGUUUUUUAGCACCCUGUUGUACAGCGAGUCACUUUCAGGACUGAUAGUCACACUAGUAGUUAAAACUCUACUUGGUAAUAACUACUAGUGGCACCACCACCUACUACUACUACAUUCCACCACCGGGAGGGUUAAUGAUGAUGUCAUCAGUAAGCGCGGACCACAUGACUUCUGCCUGAAGCUACAAGUCCAUGCUGCAUACAUAGGCAGUACAGAUAACAUAAAUUACAAGAAUGGACACUGAGAAAAAUAAAGGUCACCGAAACAAACAAGUUCAGCAGCCAUUAAAGGUGACCAAGAAGAUUGCAGAUCAUGAGGAAGCUACCUCCAAGAAACACCAGAGCAAGGACAAAAGCAAAAAGUCUGGAACUGCAUCCAAGAGGAAGGACAAAGAGGGCGUAACUGAGCCAGUACUGCACCGACUAGAUCCCAAAUCUGUGGGGUAUUUCCGCAGAGUUGGAGAAACUCUUCAGCAGGACUUUGAAUCAGAUGAAGACCGAGGUUUAUUUGUCAGGAACGUCUUCCAGGAGGUGAAAGGGAACGAGUUGGAAUUGGCCACCGAUAUGUCUGGAAGUGUGGUACUGCAGAAGCUACUUUCCAUCGCCACUUGCACUCAGCUGUGCCGGGUUCUUACUGUCCUUAGUAGUCAGUGGCAGGUGGUUUGCUGGCACCGCAGUGGGGCACAUGUAAUUCAGACUGCGCUCUUACAGUAUCCGCGUCUCCAGAAGGAACAGAGCACUGAGGAGGAAGAGGAGAGUAGUGAAGAACCUUGCAGUAGCUUUGAUGACUUGGUUAUGAGUCUGUGCACAGAGAUAAAAGACAAGUUUUUGCCUUACAAUCAGAACACGCAUGGGAGCUUCAUUGUUCGGACUCUAUUUCAAGUGCUUGGCGGAGUCCUGUUGAACCAAGAGGCAACCAGGAAAGGAUCCCAUGGCAUGACAGUUAAAUCAGAAUUUGAAGUUUCAGAAAGUUUUGUACAGCAACUACAAGAACUGUGCACGUGCUUCCCCCUUCACACUGGCGUGUUUGCGACAAAUAAAAUCGCCAGUUUGGGGAUGCAGGUCGCCCUUCAGGUCCUGCAGAGAAGAGUACCAGCAGCAUGUGCCACAUUAUGUGAUGAAGUGAUCGAUUAUCUUUCUACCCGCAAUGUGUCUGCAGAAAGCAGUACCCUCUUGGUAUUCCUGAAGGAUGAAACUAGUAGCCGUUUGCUGGAGAGAAUCCUAGAGGUGUCCGAGAAGAAGCAGCUCAGCCGAUUGUUCCGAGCUCACUUCCAAGGCCAGCUGCAUCUCCUGUCGUCCCAUCCUAUUGCCAACUACACAGUACAGAGACUUAUCUGUGCUAUCCAGAGCAAGAAAAUGUUCAUAAAACUUUUUGAUGAGUUGGCUCCUGAGCUGGAGGAUUCACUGGCCAAAGGUCACAUGGGUAUCAUCACCACUCUAGCUGAAGCUUGCAAAAGGCUGAAACGAAGACAGACGGAACUUGUCUCUAAGCUUAUGGAGGCUUUCCACUGUGUAGAUCCACCUUCACGCCACAUGGCCUGUGUGCCACUCUUCCUCUCGCUACUGACCUACGAGGUUUAUUACAAUAAAGAAGAAGGGGAUAACAACGAGCAGCAGGAUAACACUGAUAGGAAACUAGAAACAGUGAAUUACCAUGGUUCCCUGCUCCUGCAACACCUGCUACAUUUUGAAGACCCAUCCAUAGUUCUAAAAAGCUUGGGAAGCAUGUCCGAUGUUGACCUCCUCACAAUGGCCUGCAACCAGGCUGGGAGCCAUAUAUUUGACUCUCUGCUCAACAGUUCAACUAUAACAGACAAGCAGAGGAAGAAAGUCCUGACCAAACUAAGGGCUCAUUGCAUGCAGCUGGCAUGCAAUAAAUAUGGAAGCCGUGUGCUGGACCGUAUCUGGAACGCAUCCACUAUGGGAGUUAAGGAGGAGAUAGCACAGAAACUGGUUGAGAGGCUACGUGAAUUACAGAGUGACUCAGUUGGUCACCACAUUGUGCGCAACUUUGCUCUAACACACUUUGUGAAACGAAGAAGAGACUGGGAAGAGCACCAGCAAGCAGAGAACAAGCGUCGCAAGAUGUUUGCGGAAAUCCUGGAAGACUAAGGCAGCAUUUAGCAAACCGAACAUAAUCUUAAAAUUACACUUUUGCAAAAUCAGGAUUUGCUGUAUAAAACUUUGUGGUGGAAUCCUACAGCCAUUUGUGAGACAGCUUCAGGAAAUAAUAAAGUAUUAACUUUUUGUCUUCUGGGAGCAACUGACCAAGCGACUGCUCAUAUUGAAGACGGCUUUCAAACAUUUAAAGUAAAACCUAUGUUUCUAAGAAACUAAUAAGGCUAUGCAUGCUGUUUGUCAAAGUUAAACAUAAAAAUUAUUUUAAAACUGAUUACUAUUCCACUACACCUGCUGGUGUUUUAUCAAUAAGGAGGAGUUUCUCUGUUUUUAUUUGGUCUUUUUUUAAUUACUAGAUUCAGAUGGGUAAAUUACAGUUUAUUCUGUUUUUAUUUUUCUUUGCUUCUCCAUUAUGUAUGAUGUUUAUCUUCUGCAAUAUCUCUGUGCAGUCAGAUCUUGUAAAUUAUGUAGAUAAUCUUCUAGGUAACAGUUUUAAAACCAAAGGUGUGUUUCAGAACCCAGUUUUGGUGGCUCCACAGAAAGGAAAAAAUGCUUCUUCUCUGUACAUAAAUCUGUAUGAUUCUUGUGAAGAUUCUACUGGAGUUGAAAGACAAAUAUAAUAAGCUGCAGUUCUUGUAUAUUACACCUCCCGUACAGACAUAUACACACUUUCUGUCUAGUUUUGUGGUUGAUGGUGUGUUUAAUAAAAAUAUUUUAUUUCUC